AUGUAUGUAAUUUGCUUGUCCCUCACCAGUAAGACCAAGAUCCGUGGACUGCUGGAGAUCAUCUCCUCGGCGGCGGAGUACUCCGACCUGUGCAUCAGGCAUCGUGAAGAGAACAUCAUAAAGGCGCUCGCUGCUAAGGUCCCACACAAGCCGGGGUCCGGGUCGAGCACGGUGCGGUACAACGACCCGCACGUGAAGGCGCACGUGCUGCUGCAGGCACAUCUGUCUCGCAUGCAGCUGCCAGCGGAGCUGCAGGCAGACACCGCGAUCGUGCUCACCAAGGCGAUCCGGCUGAUCCAGGCGUGCGUGGACGUGGUGUCUAGCAGCGGCUGGCUGUCGCCGGGCGUGGCCGCCAUGGAGCUGGCGCAGAUGGUGACGCAGGCCAUGUGGGCCAAGGACUCCUACCUGCGCCAGCUGCCGCACUUCACCGCGGAGACCGUGCAGCGCUGCGCGGACAAGGGAGUAGAGACGGUGUUUGAUGUGAUGGAGCUGGAGGACAACGCACGCGCGAAGCUGCUUCAACUGUCGCCCACAGAAAUGGCCGACGUGGCUCGCUUCUGCAACAGAUAUCCCAACGUAGAACUCACCUAUGAGGUUAAGAACGAACGGCGUUUGCGCGUAGGCAAACCCAUCGUAGUGGAAGUGUCGCUGGAGAGAGAGGACGAGAUCGUUGGACCGGUCAUCGCACCGUUCUUCCCACAGAAGCGCGAGGAGGGCUGGUGGGUGGUGGUGGGCGAGCCGCGCAGCAACAGCCUGCUGUCCAUUAAGCGCGUGUCGCUGGGGCGCGCGGCGCGCGUGCGGCUGGACUUCGUGUGCGGCGCGCCCGGCCGCCAUACCUACACGCUCUACUUCAUGUCGGACGCGUACCUCGGCGCCGACCAGGAGUACAAGUUCACCGUCGACGUGGACUCGGCUCCCGACACGGACUCCAGCGACUCGGAUCAAUAA